GGGAAGGCAGCGGCCUUGAGCGCAUCUAUCUGGGGAACUAAGAGCAUUAGCACUUUCAGACUCAGCCCACAUAGAGCUGUCCUCCAGGCUUCCCGGAACCCAGGGAUGUGUGGCUUGCUGAGGGGCUGGAAGUGAUUGUCCUGCGAUUGGCUCUCUCUAAGGAGAGGGGAUUCUCCAAGGAAGUGCCCCACCAGAGAAGAGAAGGAAUGGAUGCAUUGUGAGUUUUAGACUGUUGCUGCUGCACGUGGACCUCUGGCAAGAGCUGGACUCACUGGCCUACACGGAUCCUGUUUGCAUGCCUGUCACCUUGGAGACUCUUCUGGGAAACCAAGAUGCCUAUUAACAUCACUGCCCCGUUGCUGGCCAAGGUUACCUACAUCAUCAUGGAGAUCGUCAUUGGGCUCUGCGCCAUAGUGGGCAAUGUGCUGGUCAUCUGGGUGGUCAAGCUGAACCCCAGUCUGCAGACCACCACCUUCUAUUUUAUCGUUUCCCUGGCCCUGGCUGACAUUGCGGUUGGGGCGCUGGUCAUGCCUCUGGCCAUUGUCGUCAGCCUGGGCAUCACACUCCACUUCUACAGCUGCCUGCUCAUGACCUGCCUGCUGCUGAGUUUCACGCAUGCCUCCAUCAUGUCCUUGCUCGCCAUUGCUGUGGAUCGAUACCUGCGGGUCAAGCUCACGGUCAGAUUCAGGAUACCUGAGGUCCCUGAGUACAUCUUGCCAUUCCAGUUGAAGGCCCUCCCUUCUGUCAUGGGGCUUUUCAUUCUGCUCUCAUUGACUGUCUUUUCAGAAGCCAUGGUCAUGGACGAAAAGGUCAAGGAAAGCUCCGUGCUGGACACGGCAUCUGCUCUCUGCAACUACGACACCUACUACAAAGACCACCCCAAAUACUGGUGCCGGGGCUAUUUCCGGAGCUACUGCAACAUCAUCGCCUUCACACCCAACAGUACGGACCGCGUGGCCCUGAGGGACACAGGAAACCAGCUCAUUGUCACUAUGUCCUGCCUGACCAAGGAGGACACGGGCUGGUACUGGUGUGGCAUCCAGCGGGACUUUGCCCGGGAUGACAUGGACUUCACUGAGCUGGUUGUGACUGACAACAGAGGAGCCCUCGCCAGUGAUUUUUGGUCUGUGAAAGACCCAUCAAGCAACAAAAGCAGAAGCUGCAGGUCUUCCAAAGUUGUGCACAAGGCAGAUCAGUCCAGGACGUCCAUUCUCAUCAUCUGCGUACUGAUCACUGGGGUGGGGAUCAUCUCUAUAAUCAGUCAUUUGUCCCAAAGGAGGAGAAGUCAAAGGAACAGAAGGGUAGACAACUCUUUGAAGCCCUCAUGUGGCUUGACGCCAGAGGAAAUGGCUCAAACUGAACAGAUGUGACUGAAGAUUUCCUUUAUUUAGCUCACAAAUAAUAUGAUGUUACAAUAGACUCACCAUGACAACCAGUCCACAUCUUGGGAACUAAUUCAGAUCUCUCUGGUGUUCUGGAGGGCCCUUUAACCAUGCCAGCAAUCACUGGUAGCUAGGUAAGAACAGAGAUAGCCAGAGGAGUGGUGCGAGGCCAGCCUGAGCAAGGCUGCUGUCAGAUAACACCUCCAGAUCUUAAUUCUCAUGAUUUGAGCUGGCUGGAAGUGAAGAAUCUUGAUCAGGAGGCCAUGAAAUCCCUUGUAUUUUAUUUGUGAGCCAAUAAAUUCCUAACUAGCAUUGAAUGAACUCCAAAGUAUGACUAACUUCCCCCAAGAGAGCACUGGACAAGUAUUUCUGGAGAAGUUUCUUUUAAAGUAUAAUAAUAUUCCAAUUUAUUCCUGAAUUGGUAUUACAUGAAGGAAAGGCUAACUCUGUGGUUCUCAGGUUUUCUUAGUGAAAAGGCCUAUAUGGGGAACUUCCGCCAGACUGAAUGGAUGCUGCUUUUGAUCAAUGAGAAACCAAAGUGUGAUAACUUAAGUGAAAUAUUCAUUCAAAUCAGGGAACACAAAUCAAGAUCAAGGCAUCAGCAACUAUGGGUGCAAGUGAGGUCAUACUGUAAUUAAUGCCAGAAUUACCAAAACUCUUAGCUCCCACCAGCUUGUGCGCACCCUUCUCUCCCCAUGUAGUGUCUCUCCUGCUAGUUCAGGGAGUUCCCAGGGGCUCCCCAUCACUGACUCUGCUGCCCUUAUAAAAAGCCUGCUCUUCUGGUGUCUUCUAAUAGGGUGUUGGCCAGUCUCAGUGCUCAGGGUAUUUAAGCGGCCCUCUAGUCUGAGCAGGGCUGGGACAGGGAGGUGGGCUCUUGGCACAAUUAUGUACAUGCCCUGCAUAGUUAGGCUCAAGCUCUAGCAAAGUCUUUCAUGAACACAGUUCCUUCAGCUUCCACCCUAAAGAACCCCUCUCUGUAUAGGUAAGGAACUCAAAGCUAGUCAACAGCCUGACAGGAAGGGUAGGGAGUGUGGAUACCAUCCCAUUCCGCUCAUCUUCUGUGUUUCCAUACAGCCAGCCCCCCUCCUUCCCAAACUCUCAGACAAACAACAUCAAAAGUGCUGUCUUUUCCCUCAGCCACAAAACAACCCCAGUCCCUGCCCUGUGGCCAUGUAGUCAAUCUACAUAAAGGAGCCAGUAGCCACUGGUUCUGCAAACAUUAAUCCCAAUUGGGCUUGGUUAGGACAUCCAACGACAUAAGGCAAGAGAGCAGACCUCCAUCUUUCAUGACAGACGAAGCCACCUAUAGAUGUCUCGGAAGAUUACACUUACGAGUACCUAUGUGCAAAAGUACUGCCCCUGAGAAUCCUACAAGUUUGUUCGCUUCCAUGAUCCAGGGUUCAAGAGCCUUGUUUCUUCCCUUACCGAGCAAAGAGCUUUUCAAUCUAUAGUCAGUUAUUUACUCACUGAUUUUAUUCUCCCACAAGGCAAGUUGCUCACAAUUUCAUAAUACGGAGACAAAAGAAAAAGACAAAAAAGCAAGUCUUUGUAAACACGGGACAAUGGUGUUAGAAAUGGGAAGCUUCAUGAAAACAGAGGGAGGAACAAUCUGCUAUUUCACGUGCAAAUGGAUGGCCUUGGGACAAUGCUUACUCCUCUUGUAGCUGUUCAUAAGGCACCGGCUCUGAGCCUGAAAGCUGAUGUGGCUUCCAACUUCAUGGUUGGUAGAACUGCUUGAUGUCAAUCCAGAGUUUGAGAACAGUUGCAAGUGAGAGGCCUCCUUGGGGGAGUGCUUUCUACAACCAGCCACAGGAGAAGAGCAUUCCUGGUGCUCUGCUGCCCCCGCGGGUCUGGCUGCUCUUUUCACAACACUAUUUCCCUAACCUGUCUUUCUCCUAGAUCUGUCUGCUCCCACAGAGGAGGGCCCACUCCUUUCUCAAACCCCUGUUCCACUCUCUUCUCAAAAUCCAGCUGUCAGGAGCAACUGCUGUCUCGCACAAUAAGCAUGCUCUUUCCCCAUCAUGUCACCUGACUUUACCUUUCUGCUUUGUCUGCCAUGAUCCAUGCGCUGGGGCAGCUGGGUGUGAGGGCAAGAUGCAAGGAAUCGGAAGUCAAAGGACUCGAUUUAAAUUUUGUUCUGCCACUCACUAGCUGGGAGACGUUACAUAAAUUAUUUCAGUCUUUAAACUUUAAUUUCCUUACCUUGAUUUUUAUAAAAAUAUUAUUUGGUGUAUUUUUAAGAGAGAUUAAUGAAGGAUGCCCCCCACUCCCCCACUCCCACUUCCUUCCCUGUGGACUCAGCCCCAUUAGGGGGACACUCCUCAAUGACGCAUCUGAGGUGGAGUGACCUGUGUGAAGUGUGAGUCUGGGGGUAGUAAACAGGCGUUUCACAUCCACUCUGUCCUUCCUCUUCCUUUUUUAAUCUUUUGGGUGCAGCUUUCAAAGAGCACGUGAUCUCUUCUGCAACUCCUGGGGACAUCUGAGCACUGGUUUGGUAGCAAGGAGAGGAGACUUGCCUUGGUGCGGCUCUAUCAGUCAUGGGGCUUGUUGAUCUGAAGCCCACUUGUCUGCAGCUCCAAUAUACGCUAUAUUCUCCAGUGUGGACUCUGUA